GCACGCACCGGCUCGGGAAGCGGCCGGGCCGCGGCCGGAGCAGCGCCAUGGCAGCGGACUCGGAGGUGCUGCACUUCCAGUUCGAGCAGCAAGGGGAUGCCGUGCUGCAGAAGAUGAACCUCCUGCGACAGCAGAACCUCUUCUGCGACGUCUCCAUUUACAUCAACGACACGGAGUUCCAGGGACACAAGGUGAUCUUCGCCGCCUGCUCCACCUUCAUGCGGGAUCAGUUCCUGCUCAAUCAGUCCAGGCAGGUGCGGAUCACCAUCCUGCAGAGCGCCGAGGUGGGCAGAAAGCUCCUGCUCUCUUGUUACACUGGCGCUCUGGAAGUCAAAAAGAAGGAGCUGCUGAAAUACCUCACUGCUGCCAGCUACCUCCAGAUGGUUCACAUUGUGGAGAAGUGUACCGAAGCUUUGUCGAAAUACCUGGAGGUUGAUGCUUCCAUGGAGAACCAGGCUGCAGAGAGGUGUCAUUCCUCAGAUGCUGAACUGAGAAACGGGGAUGAGGGUUUAGAUAAAGACUGUGAAAUAAUUGAGAUCUCUGAAGACAGCCCAGUGAAUGUUGAGUACGCUGUGAAGCAGGAGAAUGGGGACACCUUGCAGCCCAUAGUGCAGAGCGUGAUCUCGGAAAGGAAGGACCCCAAACCCUCGGAAAUAUCGACAGUUGAGAUUGGAUACAAGGAUGAAGAAAUCUGUAUCUUCAGAAUGGAUUCUAUGAGCGUUGCAAAUGUAGAUAAUGAUAAUUUUCCUCAGCCUUGCACUUCCUCUAAAACAAAUUUGUAUUUUCCAGAAACCCAGCACUGCUUGAUAAAUUCUACAGUUGAAAGCAGAAAUACAGAAAUGCCAGGAAAUCACUUUCAGGCUUUAGUCAAUGACAAUCCAGAAGGAACUUAUGGUGGGACCAAUGGCUUCCAGAGCGUGGAUGAUUCCAGCAACUCAUGGCGGCACCAGUGUCCAAAGUGUCCCAGGGGAUUCCUGCACCUUGAGAACUAUCUCAGACAUCUGAAAAUGCACAAACUCUUCUUGUGUUUGCAGUGUGGCAAAACGUUUACACAGAAAAAGAACCUGAACAGACACAUCCGGGGCCACAUGGGCAUCCGCCCCUUCCAGUGCAUGGUGUGCUUGAAGACCUUCACAGCCAAAAGUACACUCCAGGAUCACCUGAACAUACACAGUGGGGACAGGCCCUACAAGUGUCACUGCUGCGACAUGGACUUCAAACACAAGUCUGCUCUUAAAAAGCAUUUAACUUCGGUUCACGGAAGGGGUAACAGUGAAAAAACAAACCUGGACACUAUUACAACAGUUAAAAUAGACUAUGAUUAAUAGAUGGGUGGGAUUGUCCACAAAAAGCUCCUGCCUAGUGAAAUUCUAGGUGAAAUUCUAGAUGCAGAUCCCUGGAGAGAAGCACAAACACGAGUGGUGGUCAAAAACAUGCCUUGCAAGCAGCAAACUUGCCUGCUGCUUUAAGGUUCCUAUUGCUUUUAAGUGCAAAAAAGGUGUUUACUAGCCAAAAGCAAACUGCAGAAUAGGGGAAAUUAUUUUAUGCUUCUAUUAUUCUAGUUGUAUUCAGAUUUCCUCCCCCAGUUAUUAUUUGCACUCUCCUGUUUCAAAGGCAAGUGCUGACAAUUUUCAAGCUAAAUAUUGCAGUAAGCUGAAGCCUGAGUGAUGUUUGUGACCCAUAAUGGCUAAGGAAAGGGGAUGUUUGUUAUUUAUUCAGUUAGUUGUCCCCACCCAGCUCAUGUUACCAUUUACAGUGAAAUCAUCUCCUUCCUUGCCCAGACUUUUCGAGAUCCUUCAACAGAAAGAAGGCACUUUUUCAUACUCAAGUCUGUGAUAAUUAAGAAGGAAUACACAGCAAACAAAAGAUAUUCAGGCUUUCAAAUCGCCUCUUGCAAAUAUUGAAUGGGUAAAAGAGAAACAGUGUUGCCUUGCAGUUCAUUUUCAACUGAAGAAGGAUUUGCUUUCAGUUUUAUGAAUGAGUUCUGAAUUUUUCUAAACAACUUCUGACCUUUUUUUCCUGUCAUACCCGUUUUGCACCUGUAUUUGACUAAUUCUGAUUGUUACUCCUGUUUGUUGAGUUGUAACAUUUGCCUUCAUUUUUUUUACAAGACACAUACGCUUGAUGUAAAAUGAAGCAGUGUGCUGAUACAUAAUAGCAAUUUCUACAUUACUUUUGAAAAACCAAUCCUGUAUAUCUAUCUCAUUAGGAAUGGCUUAGACAUAGAGGUCUUCUCAUACUCUUAACUCUGUCAUACAGUAAAAUGGUAAGGGUUUGUGUUUGGGUAGGUGUGUUUGUACUUUGUCAAAGGUUAUUGCAGUUUUAUCACCAGCAUCCAAAGCCAUAUAAUGCAGAAUUCUUAAUCCUGUACCUGUCUUUGACUGGUAUAUGUUUCUUCCACUUAAUGUGAUAUGAAUAAAGAGUCAAUUCAGUUAAUAUGAGAUAAGGGUACUUACGUUAGAUGCUUUUCAGCUAAGAAGCGGUAGUUUGUAGUCCUGUCUGUAUCACAAGGGUACCUGUUCCUUCCAGUGUUCCUUCCAGUUUCAGAAAGGUGCUUGUGAAGUUCUUGCUCUGAAUACAUAAGUCAUAACCCAGCUGUUUAUAAAAUCCAAGACAAUAGUUUUUAAUGUCAGUUAACAGGUUUUGGUUAUUUUCUUCCCCUGUGUCUGUGAGUGCACCAGUUGUUUUGAGGUUUAUCAGCUACAUGAGGGGUUCAGUGUGUACCUGUUUCAUGUGACAGGCACACUCAGCUGUGCCAGCACUACUACUGUCCUUAUCUCUUGGAAAUUCCAGCUAAGAGUCUUAAAAAUGUGUUUCAUGAAGGGUUUUUUAAGCUCUUCAUCUGGUAUUAUUAACACCAAAGUACAUAUUAGUUGGGCUGCAGAAGUAUUUGCUGGCCCCAGUUCAUAGCAGGCCUUGCUGUGGUAAGCAGCAUGUGUCUUCCUCAAAAACCAGGUUGUCUGAACAGGCAAGUCUUGUGUUUUGCUCCAGAAAUCUACAAAGAUGUCUGACUACAUAGAUAAAAUCACCUGUUGCACCCAGUACUUUAAGCAGAAAGCCCAACCUUUCACAAGCUCUGCUAUUAUUUCAUAUGAAAAGUUGAUAAUUUGCUUUACUUCAGUGAUUUUGAACUAUAGGAAUUGUCAUGAUAAUUAAAAGGUUUGGGAGUUAUUUACAGUGCGACCGCCUAAUGUUUUGCAAUCAAAAAUGCAUUUUAGCACUGUGUUCUGUUUGCAUUUAUGAGUCUCACUACUUACAGCCUUUUGACCCUGUGGUUGGUAUUUCCUUGCUUUUCACGGAAUACAAUUAAAUUCUGGUUCCUAAUUGCAUAUAGAUUAAGUCUAAUUUUCAAAAGCAUGCUGAGACCCGCACUUGCCGUUACUAUAGUUACAGAUGUUAACUUGGGUAUAGGUACAGGUUUGUAUGUAGCUUUUCAUUUAUGUCUGCAGACUUAGUUACUUAAAAUAAACUCCUUCAUCCUUGGAAGCUGUCGUAAAACAAGGAAAGAGUUAACUUCCCUCCCCCCAUCCUUUUUACAUUGGGCUUUUAUCCCUGUAGUUCAGUAAAUAAAUGUAUUGUGCUUUCAUGGGGCAGAUUUGGUUCAACUGUGCAAACUUUGUUCCAUUAAUGCUUAUUUUUGGCAGGUGUAUGAUUAUAAUUCAAAAGAUCACAUCUUGGUUUUUGUUUGACUGAUCUUGAUAGUCACAUACAUGGGUAUUUCCCUGUGUGUCCAAGGAGGAAACAGGCUGAUCUUCUGAAGUGCAUCUUACAUGGGAGCAGGAACAUGCAUUGUUUUGGUCUGCUGUUGUAUUGCAUGUAAACACGGGAGAGUUGUGUUGUGCGACGGGCCAACAGCAUGUUCUGUUCAGUGGCUCGAGUGUCUUGGUGAGCUUUGUGAACAAAACCCGAGUUUGUGCACGUUCCCGGUAAAGGUGUUUCCUCUCCUUGUCCAUCCAUGUAACCACUCAUCCUGUCACAGUACAAUAAAUGAAAUACAAACAA